AUGAAUAAUACUUUUACAGGAAAUUCCAGCCAACUUUCUAAUUUAUCUAAUGCUUUAAGAAAUGUGAAUUUACAAGAUGAUAAUAACAGUAAUCAUGGUAAUCACAGUAUAGUAAAUAACAAUAAAAAUGAUUCUUCAAGAAAUAACAUAAAUAUCCAAAAUAACAGUAGUAGUGUAGACAAUAAUAAUCAUAACAAUAACAACAGCAAUAAUAACAACAAUAACAACAACACUAGUAGUAACACUGAUCCUAACAAUAAUGGUAAUAAUAAUAACAGUAGCAACACUACCAAUAUAGACAUACAACAGCAAAUGCAUCUUCGACAUGCACAGACUGCUAUAAAUCAAAAUAGUAAUAUUAUUCCACAACAACAUCAUCAAUUAUCUAAUGAUUUAAGUCAUAUUGACAAUUCAAGAUUAGUGAGAUUUUUCCAAAUGCAACCAAUAUCUGGUUACACGUUAUUUUCACAUAGAUCUGCACCAAAUGGGUUUAAAGUAGCCAUAGUUCUUUGUGAAUUAGGCUUACAGUUCAACACGUUUUUCCUUGAUUUUAAUCGUGGGGAGCACCGUGCACCGGAGUUCAUCUCUAUCACCCCGAACGCUCGUGUUCCUGCAUUAAUUGAUCAUGGUAUGAAUGGACUAUCAAUAUGGGAAUCUGGUGCAAUUUUAUUACAUUUAGUCAAUAAAUAUUGGAAAGAGACUGGUGAUCCGAAACUUUGGUCAGAUAAUUUAGCAGAACAGUCCCAGAUCAACGCAUGGUUAUUUUUCCAAACCACUGGCCACGCACCAAUGAUUGGACAAGCUUUACAUUUUAGAUACUUCCAUUCCGAAAAGAUACCAAGUGCGUUGGAACGUUAUACGGACGAGGUAAGACGUGUUUACGGUGUUAUUGAGAUGGCAUUAGCAGAGAGAAGGGAAGCUUUGAUUAUGGAAUUGGAUACGGAGAAUGCAGCCUCCUAUUCUGCAGGUACUACACCGAUAAGCCAAAGUAGAUUCUUUGAUUACCCUGUUUGGCUGGUAUGCGAUAGAAUCACGAUAGCGGACUUAUCAUUUGUGCCAUGGAAUAAUGUUGUAGACAGGAUUGGCAUUAAUAUUAAAGUAGAAUUCCCAGAGGUAUAUAAAUGGACAAAACAUAUGAUGAGACGGCCAGCUGUCAUUAAAGCAUUACGUAGUGAAGAGUAA